UAUUCCACAGAGCUGUUGAAGGAUGUCCUGGCUGAGCCACCAACUGCUACAACUUCUCAGAUCCUUAAGUACCAAGCAGGAUAUGUUGCUUGUGCUGCAAUUGCGGUUCUCUAUUUUGUGAUGGUGCCCCUGGUCGGACUGAGCAUUUGCUGCUUCCAGAAACACCGGCGCUGCGGCGGACGGAUCAAGGCCUAUCGUCGCUCCCUGCUCUGCCAGAGGAAUCUUCUCAUGGUCUGUCUGCUCUUCACCACCCUUGUGAUCCUGGGAGGUGUUAUCUGUGCUUUUGCUGCCAACCAGACGGUGAAAGAAGAGAUGGACCCUGGUGCCCGAGAUGCACUCAACACCUUGCAGGCUUUGAGGAACCAUCUGAAUGGGAUUCCACGAGGGCUUCGGCUGACUGUGGAGCAGUUCAGGGUCCCCCAAGGGCAGAUCCUCAGUGACCUGAACAAUGUUAGCUGGAACAUCGGCAGCACCAUCCACUUUCUGCUCAAGGAAACUGUGUAUUCGGCCAUGGCUGCCAUAAAGGGUAGGGUGCAAGACCUAGAGGACUCCCUGCACCACUUACACAUGAUCCACAGGACUGUCCAGACACUGAUCCAGGACCAGGGUGAGCUGGCGUCAACGCUGAAAGAUCAGAAGCAAAGCCUCACCUCUCUUCUGGAAGAGCCACGCUGCACUUACUGCACGGGGGCCCUAAGCAGAGCUCAAAAUUUGAAGUUGGGGACUGACUUCCAAAAAGUGCCUUCUGUUGAAAAAGUUCUGAAAAAUUUGCAUGGGCUACCUCAGACUAAUUUCUCGGAAAUGAUUCAAAAAGCCAAUAACAGUUUCAACACAAUUCCAGAGUUUACAGUAAUGAAAAUGGAUGAAGUUGUUCAAGACCUCAAGACGGACAUUGAGAAAGCUGCCCAAAAGGUCCAGUUUGUUGCAGAGGACUUCCCCAUCUCUGAUCAGACCCGUCCCAUGCAUGAUGCCCUGGUGAAGGCAGAGAACGUUAGCCGCCCUUACCUGAAGGAGGUGAAGCAUUAUGAGAAAUACAGGUGGCUUGCAGGCACAAUAGCAUGCACAGUUAUCCUACUGAUUGUCUUCUGUAAUGUUCUGGGCCUUUCUUUCGGCACUUACGGGUUGGUUGUGCGGGAGGAUCCCAGCGACUACGAGAGCCGGGCUGAAGCUGGAGCCAAAUUUCUUAUCACUGGUGUCACCUUCAGCUUCCUCUUCUCCUGGGUUCUGAUUCUCCUGGUCGUUGGCACCUUUCUGAUCGGGGGAAACAUCCGAACGCUGGUGUGCAAACCCUGGGCCAAUCAAGAGAUUUACAAA